AUGUGGGCAACUUUUAUUUCUGGGAAAGACGUGUAAAUCAAUCGGCAUGGGCUCUUCCAAAGCGGUAAGCUUUGGCGAAUCCCCUUCCUCGCUGGGUUACCUUACUCAGGGUCUCAUCGUCAUCUCAGAAAAGCUACAAAACCCCCAUUACCGGAUUAGGACCCAUCACCGCCGUCCGAUAAGGCGGAGAUACCCACCAUUAGAGGAUCAUAGUCACGUCUUUGAUGGCGAAUCCUCCACGUGAUAGCCCCAGUAGGACAAUUGACUGGACUCCACAGCUAUAUCUAGGACUGUCCCUCCCCUGUUCUCACUGUCCUCAGUGGGUCCCUCUCAAAUAUUUCAUCGCUCGACCUCUCUGUCCGUUUCCCCUCACAGCCACUGCGAGGCUGUUCCGAUUUUCCUUCCCCUCUCCGGCACAGAUCUUUCGUGUCCCUCUUUGAAAUUCGAGCAGAUGGGGGGAGCAAACAUACGGGUUUUAAUGUUAGACGACCCAGAUGGGAAAUUUUGUCAGCAAUGUUGAUUUGAUUUGAUUUGAUUUGGUUUGUUUUCUGGGAGAUUUUCAAAUUUUGAAAGAAAAGAGAAAAUUAUGUCUGGGGAGGAGAAGAGGUGUACGAGGAGGGGUACUCCCAAUUGGCGGUGUAAUGAGAAGGCUUUGAAGGGACGAUCCUUUUGUGAGAAGCAUUAUUUGAUGCAGGUUAAGAGGAACAUGAUGAAACAGGAGGCUGAGGGGGGCGGCGUUCGUAGGCGGCGGCGUAAGAGAGCGGGAAUUGGGGAGAUUGUGGUCGCCGGUGCCUGCGAGGAGGAGUGUUCUGUUCCUCACGAUGUGUACGUGCCGGCGCCGCCUGUUCAGCCCACCGGCGGCGGCGGGGGGUCAGAACUCGCCGAGGAAGGAAAUGUGGGUCGGGGCUGGUUUGGUCAAAUUGAGGGUGGAAAUGAGGUUUUGGGGCUUGCCGGCGAUGAGGGCCCGAGCCAUGAAAAUGGGGGUUUGGUUGGCGGUGGUGGUGCUAGUGGUGGUGGAGGAGGAGGAAUUGUGGGUAAUGGCUGGUUUGGUGAAACGGGGUAUGGAAAUGGUGGUGCAGGUCCUGGUGGUGGCGGGGUUCCGAGCACAUUCGGCGGAAUUGGUAGUGGCGAUGGCAGUCAGGGUCUUGGCGGGGGCGGCGUUCCGACCCAGUUCUGCGGAAUUGCGGGGGGGAACGGCGGUCUUGGUCUUGGUGUAGGUGGUGUUCCGAGCCGUUUUGGCGGAAUUGCAGGUGGAAACGGCGGUCUGGUUCUUGGUGGAGGAGUCCCAAGCCGGUUCGGCGGAGUUACCGGUGGUUAUGCCGGUCUGGUUCUUGGUGGAGGUGGAGUUCCCAGCCGGUUCGGUGGAGCUUUUGGGGGAAUUGCUGGUGGAAGUGGCGGUCUGGUUUUUGGUGGCGGUGGAGUUCCGAGCCGGUUCGGCGGAGUUUCUGGUGGAAAUGGCAGUCAAGUUCUUGGUGGAGGUGUUCCAAGCCGGUUCGGUGGAGUUGCUGGCGGAAACGGCAGUCCUGUUCCUGCAGGUGCAGGAGUUUUCGGUUGUGGCUGGUUCGGUUGGACUUCCGGCGAAGGACUGGGUUGGUUUGGUCAAGCUGUUUCUGGAAAUGAUAGUAGCUUUUCCGGUGGUGAAAAGUUUCAAGGUUGCUACGGACAAUUUGCAGGUCGCAAUGGCGGCAGUAGCCUUGGUGGUGAAGCCCUUGGCCGGUUCAGUGAAGUGGGUUGUGGAACUGGCAGUCUGGUUCUUCAUGGCGAAGGAUUUGGUGAGCAGGCUGGUGCAGCCAGUGGCGAAAAUGGUCAAAUGAAUCUUGCUGGUAAAGGAAUUGAAGGUUUUUCCAAUAAUCCAGCCACCGGUAAUGGUGGCAGGGAGGAGACCCCUUCUCAAAAGGGUAAGCGUGGUAGGCCAAAGGGUUCAAAGAAUAAGAAGAAGAUUGUUGCUGGUGAAGAAGUUCAAGGCCAAUCCGGCAAGGCUGCCGGAGGAAAUGACAUUUUGGUUCCUGCCACUGCAAAAAAUUGUGGUCAGUCCAUAGAAAGUGGUGGUGGAAAUGUUGGAGAUGAGACAGAUGGAUCUAAAGGAAAAUGUGGCCGGCCAAAAGGUUCAAAGAGCAGAAUAAAGGUGGUUCCUGACGGCCAGGAAGAUCACCAACCAGCUUCAGAUACUGCCGGUAAUAACAGUGCUGGUGAUCAGGUCAUUGGCUCAAAGGGCAGGCGAGGGCGAGCCCAGGGUUCAAAAAACAACAAGAUUAUAAAAGAAAGUGUGGGCAUGUCUGAUGAAGUUAUCGAUGGCAAUGGGGAUGGAAAUGGGAUUGUGUCCAUUGAAUUAGCCUCUGGCAAUAAGGGUGGAGAUGGAGCUCUAUCUGUUGAAGUUACCGGCAGCAAAGAUGGGGGUGUUCCACUGAAGUCUAAGAGAGGUCGACCAAAGGGUUUGAAGAGUAAGAAGCCAGUUCUUGGUGAUGAAGAUGGGAAGAGCCUCGCUGAUGAAGUUGGAGGCAAAAAUGUUCCAAGAGAUGACAAUGUACCUCAGAAAAGGAAGUUAGGUCGACCGAAGGGUUCGAAGAACAAGAAAAUAAAUCAUCGGAGCCUGGGCAAUGAAGUUGAAGGUGAAAAUGUUCUGGUAGAUGGGAAUGUACCUCCGAAACGUAAGCUAGGUCGACCCAAGGGUUCAAAGAAUAAGAGGAUAGUUCUUGCUGGUAAAUCCCUGAGUAGGAUUUUAGUGCAGAAGCAACAGAAUCAGAUCUCUCUCAUUAAAAUAGGAGAAAAUGAUUUGAAAAAGGACCCAGGGUUGCUGGUUGAGAAUGCAAAAGAUUCUGAUUAUACACGGAUGAACAACAGAGGAGGAUUAGCUGAAUCCGGCAAUGUUCAGAAGCGACCUAGAGGACGGCCGAGGAAGAUUAACAACCAACAUGAUAAAUCUACUUGUGCUGGACAGGGAGAAGCUCCUUUUGCAUUCGAAGAAUCAGGAUUAUCAGACGCCACGGGUAGGAAAAAGGAGCAAAGGGGUUUAAUGUGUCACCAAUGCUUGAGGAGUGAUAAGAGGGGUGUCGUCAUUUGUUCCAGUUGCAAAAGAAAGCGCUAUUGCUAUGAGUGUGUUGCCAAGUGGUAUCCGGAGAAAAAGAGAGCAGAUUUUGAGAUUGCUUGUCCAUAUUGUCUCGGCAAUUGCAAUUGCAAAGCAUGCCUCCAGGAAGACUUCGUAGUGAUGGAUAGUCGUGAAGAAGUAGAUAUAAAGCGUAGAUUUCAGAAGUUGCUUUACUUGCUAAAUAAAAGUUUGCCUCUUCUCAAGCAUAUUCACAGAGAGCAGAGCUCUGAAUUAGAUGUGGAAGCCAGAAUACGUGGGGUUCUGUUGACAGAGGAGGAUAUAACUAGAGCUAUUCUUGAUGAUGAUGACCGAGUAUUUUGUGACAAUUGCAAUACAUCCAUUGUCAAUUUCCACAGAAGCUGCCCCAAUCCUGAUUGUUCAUAUGAUCUUUGUAUCACCUGUUGUUUGGAACUAAGAAAGGGAUCCUGGCCUGGAGAUAAGAAAGAAGAAUCCUCUCAAAGACAAUAUAACAGAAGAGUAAAUGGUCAAGAUUUGGAUUUGAAUGGCCAGAUUCUUGCCAGCAUGAAAGAUUGUCACCAGGAGAUCCAAGCGGACCUCCCAGAAAACAAAUGCGCAGCUAAUAUGUACUGCAAUUUUCCUGAUUGGAGAGCAGAGACAAGUGGUCGGAUUCCUUGUCCUCCAAAGGCACAUGGAGGUUGUGGGACAGAGACACUUGAAUUGAGGCGCAUCUUUGAACCGGAUUGGGCAACCAAACUAAUUCAGAAGGCAGAGAAUUUGACCAUUAAUUACCAGAUGCCAGAUAUUGAUUUUUCUCAGGGUUGUUCAUUGUGUCUUCCUGUCAGAUCUUCAGGAAAUGUAGGAAAAGGUUCUGAAGUAAGACAGGCAGCUUUUAGGAAGGAGAGUCAUGAUAACUUUCUGUACUGCCCAAAUGCUCUUGACUUGGUAGAACAUGAUAUAGAACAUUUUCAAUUGCAUUGGAUGAGAGGUGAACCUGUCAUAGUUAGAAAUGUACUUGAAAAGUCAUCUGGUCUUAGCUGGGAACCAAUGGUCAUGUGGAGAGCUUUUAGAGGUGCCAAAAAAAUAUUAAAAGAGGAGGCUUUCAGUGUCAGGGCCAUUGAUUGCUUUGAUUGGUGUGAGGUUGAGAUAGAUAUUUACCAUUUUUUUAUGGGCUACUUAACGGGUCGUACGCAUAGCAAUGGGUGGCCGGAGAUGUUGAAGCUAAAAGAUUGGCCUCCAUCAAAUACAUUUGAAGACUGUUUGCCACGGCAUGAUGCUGAAUUUAUUUCUAUGCUUCCCUUUUGUGACUAUACUCAUCCAAAAUCUGGUCUUUUGAAUCUUGCAACAAAACUUCCUGAUGUUGCUUUAAAACCAGACUUGGGACCGAAGACAUAUAUUGCUUAUGGAUGUCAGGAAGAGCUUGGCAGAGGUGAUUCAGUGACAAAGCUACACUGUGACAUGUCUGAUGCGGUAAAUGUGCUGACGCACACAGCCAAGGUGAAAAUUUUACCCUGGCAGUGCAGAGCUAUGAAGGCACUGCAAAAAGAAUUUGAAGCUGAAGAUUUGGACGAGCCUUGUGGGACUAAUGAGGCUUCAGAUACAUUUGAAGGGAAACCGCAAAAGAGGGCUCGCACAGAUGAUCCUGUAAAUUCUGAGAACACCAUUAAGCCACUUAUAAAAGUGCAAACUAUAGAAGAGGAUGGACUGAUUAAACAAAAAGAUAGCACCUUGCCAUUAUUAGACUCAACAUAUUUGGGAACUACGGGCUUGGAGAAAGCAGUGUAUGUUGCAGGAUAUCCUCCUCCUGAGAAUGCGACGAAUAUUAAUACUGAAGGGCAAUCUGUUCAAAAUUUGAAUACUAACAGUCAAAUUGUUGACCUCCAGAUGUAUGAGUUGAAAGAAUCUGGCCCCUGUGAGAAAACAAAUCAAUUGGUUAACAAACUGGUUGAGUCAAAAAAAUGUUCAUUGUUCUGUAGUGCUCUUGUUAAGGAUAAAUCCUUAGCUGAAAGUAAGGAUUCUGGAAAAGGCGAACUGACUAACUACAGUGUACAAAAAAUGGCCACCAUUAAGGCUGAAGAAGACAAACAUUGCAUUAUGAACAAUCAAUCACAUGCAUGCUUAGGCCUUAAUGAGAGGAAUUCAUGCAUUUUUCCUAAAAGCAGUGAUAGAGAGUUAAAUAUACAGGUAACAGGGCAGGCUGAAAGAGAAUCUUGCAUGAGCAGAUAUGAUGUCGAUGAGAAUAAUCUUUGCUCUCAUCAUGAGACAAGUUCCUGUACCAACCAUCCUGCUGCCAAAGAACUCUGUUCACGCAAUCAAGAGUGCACACAGCCUGCUUUACCGUUGAUAAGAGAACUUAUAAAUGGGAAAGAUGGUUUGGGGAUGACUUUUUUGGGCAACUACAAGAAUAAUGGUCCAGUGGUAGAUCCAUGUGAGUCAGAUGCAAAUGCAAUCUGUUCUGGUAAAGAUAGGGAUGCUGCUACAAAUAAUUCAUCUUCACAAAAUGAAAUAGAUGCAAGCCCCCACUGUGUAGCACGGGAAAAACCUGGUUCAGCUCAUGAACUUGAUGCUGAAAAUAAAAUAACAGAGAGAAACUUGUGCAAUCAAGAAGAUUUCCAGAGAUCUUCAGGAAAUUGCGCUAAUGAUUUUAAGUCACUAAGGCAAGAUUCAGUUGCAUUGACAGAUUCUCAGGAAAAUAAUGCCAUUCCAGAUGUUGCAUUUGGAGGUGCUGUCUGGGACAUUUUUCGCAGGCAGGAUGUACCCAAAUUAAAUGAGUAUAUUCAGAAGCAUCAGAAAGAGUUUCGUCACAUCAAUAAUAACCCUGUGAAUUCUAUUUUUCAUCCUAUUCAUGACCAGAACUUUUAUCUGACUGAAAUGCAUAAAAAGCAACUGAAGGAGGAGUUUGGUGUUGAACCUUGGACAUUUGAGCAAUACCUUGGUGAAGCUGUUUUCAUUCCUGCAGGAUGCCCGCAUCAAGUAAGAAAUAGACAGUCAUGCAUUAAAGUGGCUCUCGACUUUGUAUCCCCUGAUAAUGUUCAAGAAUGUAUUCGGUUGACAGAGGAGUUCCGUUUGCUCCCCAAAAACCACAGAGCUAAGGAAGAUAAAUUGGAGGUGAAGAAGUUGGCACUCUAUGCUGUUAGUAAUGCUGUAAGUGAAGUCACAGAUCUGAUGUCAAAACUUGAAUCAUUAGACAUUCAGUCACAAGCUAAAGGCACUAACUCCACCCAAGCUGACACUUAAAACUCCUCAAGUGAUAUCUCUCACUGUAUUGAUCUAAACUUGUUUAAUAUCAAUCUUAUCUAAGAUGUUUCUAGCUCCUUCCAAAAUUAUAUUUGACUAACUUUUGGGAUUUUUCUGGUGUUUUUAUGUGUCCAAUGCCAAUAACUGGAGGUUAUCUAGCAUGAGUUAUUAAUAGGCUUGCUUUUACCAUGAAGGUUUUCUUCCUUCUCAGAAAAAUAACAAAAUUAAAAUAAAAUGGAGAAUUCCUACUUUAGGUUGAAGACAUCUUCGGUAUGCAUAGCUUGUGGCUACCCAAGUGACCAUUCCAAAGUUUCGCAAUAGUUUCCUUGGGUCCAUUAACUUAACAAAACUUAGCCAAUGCCUGCUGUUCUCAUACUUUGUUUUAAUUCAUGGGUUGCUUUUUUCACUUUCAGAAAAACGGGCCUCCUCUAAUUGAAAAAUACUUGGUUAGCUGUAUUGUACAUCUGGCUUGAUUUUCAAAUUCUUUUUUUCGGCAAAAAUCUCUAUGACUUUUCAUUGUUUUUGGGCAAAUAUUUAGAUUCUGUGUUUAUUUUCUUGUACUAUUUUUUGUCGAUAUGGACAUUAUAUGAUUGUGCUCCCCUGUUGCACCCUGGAAAUGGCAUAUUAAUGUGGCAAAUUAUUGAUUUAAAGAAAUUAAUUUGUUUGCCUCUUCAAACCUCAAUGUUACAGGAAAACAAAUUUGUCUUGUGUUUCCUUGAAAAUUCACUUGGUUAACUGUCUUAAUGGUGUUUAAAUUUCUCUUGAUUUGUCUCAUUUUUCUAUGAACCGCCUUAAAAAAUUUUUUAGUAUAUUCACUGAUGUGAAUUGACAUUACACUGCAAACGUUGAAAAUUAUAAAGCACAUCCAGGCAGUUGUCAUUGUAACUCAAAUGAGAUCACAUAGAAAAAUGUCAUUUUGUCGAGAUCAUUUUGUAAUUUUCUUCUUGCUUUUGACUGUUCAUACAAGUCACCUUCUUGCAGUUCAUCAGAAGGGAACAAGAAGCAUUAGGACCAGCUAUUAAAUUUGAACAUGCUCAUGCCUUUUGCAGUUGGCAAGCGUUGACGCAAUGGUAAGCGUGUCGAACCACUCAAAUGAGAAGGCCAUAGGUUCAAGCCACUUGAACAGCUUCUCCAAUUUUGGAGUUAAGGCUGCAAACACCCUGUUCUCUCACACCCUCAAUAUGGCGUGGGAGCUUUCUGCACUGCGUGUUUCAAUUCCCUUUUUACCAUAUCUGUACAAAUAGGCGUUCAUGACCAAAAGCACAACCAUAGAAGAAUAACUGCGAUGAAUGAGGCAUCCCAUUUGAGAAAUAGUCCUGCUCAUGUAUAUUAUAGUCAUGUUCACUAGCUAUUCUUGUUAGACUAAGGCUGUAAUUUUGUAAUAAUUCUGCACUGUUGUACUGUCCCCAAAAAACAAAAUUCUGUUGGGUGUAUGUUUCACCGUUGCAAUGCCCAUAUGGAAGGUUGCCAUGCUACUUUAGAGUUUAGAUCUGUAUUAGUAAUUUUUAUUUUUGGAAUACAUGACCCAUUCAGCA